AUGGCUACAGUACCCCACCCGUUACACACCACCACCUUCAAACUUCCCCUCCCAAUCAGAACUGAGAUUUCUCACCCUCAAACUCUGAGAUUCAAGGCCUCCCUGUCCACCAACGCACCCCUCCCCGGACGCAAGCUCCGCGCCGCGGUGAUAGGCGCCGGUCCCGCUGGCUCAUCCGCCGCAGAGGCUUUGGCUUCAGGCGGCGUUGAGACCUUCCUCUUCGAGCGCAGCCCACCCACGGUCGCCAAGCCCUGCGGUGGUGCCAUCCCUCUCUGCAUGCUCCACGAGUUUGACAUCCCUUCCCACCUCAUCGACCGCCAAGUCACUCAGAUGCGGAUCAUAUCCCCCUCUAAUCUCGCCGUGGACUUCGGGAAGACCCUCCGGCCAAACGAGUUCAUCGCCAUGCUCCGCCGUGAGGUACUGGACUCCUUCCUCCGCUCCCGCGCCGAGUCCCUUGGAGCCAACCUUGUCUCCGGUCUCGUCACGGAUAUCGAGGUCCCCAACACCUCUUCGACAGCGCCGUACGUCGUGCACUACACGGCCAACAACUCCCGGCACGCUCUGUCAGUUGACGUGGUGAUCGGAGCUGACGGCGCCAACAGCCGAGUCGCCAAGUCCAUAAAGGCCGGCGACUACGCCUGUGCCAUCGCUUUCCAGGAGAGGAUCAAACUGCCGGACGAGAAAAUGGCAUACUACAAGAACAUGGCCGAGAUGUACGUUGGGAACGACGUGUCGCCAGAUUUCUAUGCGUGGGUCUUUCCCAAAUGUGACCACGUGGCAGUGGGCACGGGCACGGUGCGUGCCAAGCAGUAUAUUAAAGCUUACCAGAGGGGAAUCAGAGAAAGAGUGAAGCCAAAGAUCGCCGGUGGGAAAGUGAUCAAAGUGGAGGCCCACCCAAUACCAGAACAUCCGCGUCCGAUACGGGUCCGGGGGCGGGUGGCGCUGGUGGGUGACGCAGCCGGGUACGUAACCAAAUGCUCCGGCGAAGGGAUCUAUUUUGCGGCGAAAUCGGGGAGGAUGUGCGGGGAAGGAAUAGUGAAGGCAUCGGAAGGAGGGGACAGAAUGAUCGAGGAGGAGGACUUGAAGAGGGAGUACCUGAAAGCAUGGGAUGCCAAGUACAUAAGCACAUUUAGGUUUAUGGACCUGCUGCAGAGGGUGUUUUACGGGAGCAACGCGGCGAGGGAGGCGUUGGUGGAGCUGUGCGGGGACGAGUACGUGCAGCGGAUGACGUUCGAGAGUUAUUUGUACAAGAGAUUAGCGGAAGGGGAUGGGUGGGAAGAUGUGAAGAUGGUGUGUAAUACCAUUGGGAGCUUGGCGAGGUGUAACAUUGUUGGAAGGUAGUUAGCCAUUUUCACUUUUCAGAAAAAUGAAGGACUCGAGUUUUUAGCACUCAAGAAAAAAUAAAUUUCGGCCUCGUCGUUUGUCUUUUCCUCCGAAAUGGUUUUCUUUAGGGAUAGAAAUCUCUUGCGUCGUCUUUUUCUUUUCUCUCAACCAGCCAAAGGCCUCUCUGAAAAUUGCACAUGGGCGAAGGUGGCUCGGAACCUUGUCUCUGAUCACCUCCUCCCCCACCUUUCCGUUUCUGUCCUGUUUUUCCUAGUGUUUUUUCAGCUUUUAUGGCUUUUUUCGGUUUUCCUAUGUCUAGUAGUGCCAACUGCCGAUCUUGACAAUCAGCAACCUCCAGCCACCACGCGCAGACUCACUGACUUCCCCAGCAGCCGAUCUUCCUGUUCGCGAUGGGGGCUGCGAUUCAGGCCUACGCGUUGGCCUCACACGCGGCUCUCGCCAUGCGCUUCAACAACGCGCUGCCGCGUCGUGCUUUAGGACCUGGGUAGGUAGGGAUCAAGCUUUUGGUCCGAAAUAAACCUUUCUUUUUUUUUUUCUUUUUUUUUUCAGCACUGUUAUAUGUUUGUUUUAAAAUAAUUGUUGGAACUCGCCCUUUCUCUUGUAUCAUUCUACCCAGUUUAAUGAAUAUGCUUGCAAUAAAUAUAUAUAAAUAAUAAUAAUAAUAAUAAAUGGUUUUCCGUA